UCUUUGGGUUAGUCAGUGAGCUUCACUAGGAUCCCACUGCCAAGGAGAAGAUGUCCUUUAUAAAAGUGGAUCCAACUUCUGAUUUCUCCUUCCACAACCUUCCUUAUGGAAUAUUCUCUACAGCUGAUAAUCCGAGGCAUCGUAUUGGUGUUGCGAUUGGGGACCAGAUCCUAGACUUGAGUGUGGUGAAGUCUAUGUUUGGAGGACCUGAGCUUUCCAAACAUCAAGAUGUCUUUGAUCAGCCCACACUGAAUGCCUUCAUGGCUCUUGGUUAUGAGGCCUGGAGGGAAGCCAGAAGGACCUUGCAAAUGCUGUUGUCAGCCAAUGAGAGCACACUGAGAGAUGAUGUGAGUCUUCGGAGCAGAGCAUUUUUCCAUCAAAGUGCAGCCACCAUGCACCUUCCUGCAGACAUUGGAGACUACACUGACUUCUACUCCUCCAGAGAUCACGCCACCAAUGUUGGCAUCAUGUUCCGGGGAAAGGAGAAUGCUCUGAUGCCAAACUGGUUGAGGCUUCCAGUGGGAUACCAUGGUCGAGCAUCAUCCGUGGUUGUUUCUGGGACCCCUAUCCGCCGCCCCUCAGGCCAGUUGAGGCCUGACCAGACAAAACCUCCAGUGUUUGGCCCAUCUAAGAAAUUGGACUUUGAACUGGAGAUGGCAUUCUUUGUUGGAGGAGGUAAUCAACUAGGAGAACCCAUUCCUAUCAAAAAAGCCCACGAGCACAUCUUUGGCAUGGUACUCAUGAAUGACUGGAGUGCUAGGGACAUCCAGGCAUGGGAGUAUGUUCCUCUGGGACCUUUCCUGGGAAAGAACUUUGGGACAACUAUUUCACCCUGGGUCGUCCCCAUGGAGGCGCUGUUACCUUUCGCUGAGCCUAAGCCCAUCCAGGAUCCAGAACCCCUCCCAUACCUGCAGCACCACGAUGCUUACACUUUCAACAUUAAACUGUUUGUGUCACUAAAAGGAGAAGGCAUGGCUGACACGGUGACCAUCUGCAGGUCAAACUUUAAGUACAUGUAUUGGACCAUGAAGCAGCAGCUCGCCCAUCACACGGUCAACGGCUGCAAUGUCAAACCAGGAGACCUGCUCGCUUCAGGGACCAUCAGCGGACCUGAUCCAGAGAGCUUUGGCUCCAUGCUUGAGCUGUCAUGGAAUGGAUCUAAGAACAUUGACCUGGGAGGAGGAGAAACUAGGACCUUCUUGAACGAUGGAGAUGACGUCACUGUAACAGGUUACUGUGAAGGAGAUGGCUACAGGGUGGGCUUUGGGACCUGUCAGGGAGCCAUCCUCCCAGCUCUGCAGCUCUGAAACACCUUUAAUGGUGUAGAAACAUCAGAAGACACAAACUUGCACAGCAGGAUCUCAGCUGGCUUUGAUGACUACAAUGACAAACAGCAAUAUGGACGACUCCUCUCCCCUCACUCAUAUCUUUCUCUUAAAAAGUGAUACUAUGAACUUUAGUAAAUAAUUAAUGAACAUUUAUCUCAUUCGGUCAGUGUAGUCUCAAAGCUCUGUAAAGCUGUGCAGCGACCUUGUUACUGAAAUCUAAUGAAAUAUUCAUCCAGCAGAGGGAUUCUCCCACAUCAUAUUACAAUGUUACUGCUGUACCAGGAUCAAUUACAGGGAUGUUUUAUAUUUAAAUUUGGUGCUGUUAUUGUGUUGACUCACUCUGUGGUCUUUGAACACAUGAUUUUUUUUUUAUUGUCAACAAUGAAUACAUCCAAUUACUCAAUUAACCCCUCCCCCAACACACACACACACACACACACACACACGCGCGCACACACACACACACACCAUUAAGGCCAACUUUUGUUUUAACUAAUUUGAGUUUCUGAGAUGACCAGAUUAUAGACGCCACCAUCAGAGCCAAGACUGACGGUCAAAAAACAAAUAUUCAGAGCAGUCUGAAGUUUCUAUUUGUCCACAUACUGAACUCAUUAUCUGAAAAUCUGGUAUUUAAUAUGUGCAUCACCACUGGAAUAGGAUACAUAUGACAGAAAAUAGGGAAAAGCAGAAUAGGUAAACUUUAAAUUGGGAUACAGAUGAAGACACAUGCUACCAAAAAUCUGAUAGUCAUUUCUGAAAAAAAAAAAAUUAAUUAAUUAAAAAAAUAAAACAAAAGCCAGCUGAAGGAAUGAAAACUGCAGAAGAGCAUCAUGGCAGACUGUCAUCAGACAGCAUUUUACCUUAUCACAUUGUACUGUCUCUCUCUCUCUCUACACUGUUCAGAAGAGGAGAUGGAAGCAAGCUUCAACACCUUUCUUCCAUUAAGACUCUGGAGACAACUGCUCUUUGACCACUGGUUUACGUAGAAAGUGUGAAACUGAAAUAAAAAUAUAACACAAUUACAAUUGCAAUGUAUAAUCUUUGAAUUACAUCUCCUAUGUAGACUGUACCCGCAGCAUAGGACAACAAAAUCAGCAUUACUUUGGUUGUAAGUAUGGUUACACUCUAAAUAUGUGACUUCAACAAUUUUUGAAGUUGGAGACCAAACUUCAGUGAUGUUACAAAAUCUGAGA